UAUGGGAAGACUAUUAAGGUUGUGAGUGGACAGAAGUCCUGAAAAUUUUGCCUAUUUGAAUUCCCACGGCCCACGCAAUCAUGAAUCAUAUGUUUAUCGGAAAUGGCAACGCGCAACCUAUUGGUUGUGUGAACACUUUUGAUGAGGACCCCAUAGUUCAAGAAUGGCGGCCCGAGGCCAGAGACCCGAAUAAGCAUCUGGAUGCUGAGGUCUGGAGAGGCUUAACCCUGGCUCAACAAAUUGCUAUUAUCGAAAGAGAGGCAGAACACAAUGGUGUCGAGCGUCCUCAGGAUUAUACAGUGUCCUUUCACUACAACCCGCGCGUUGAGUCACAUCACUUUGGCCGAAAUCAUCCAAUGAAGCCAUGGAGGUUGACACUUACGAAACAACUCAUUUUGAGCUACGGCUUGCACUACGCAAUGGAUUUAUUCGAGUCUCGCAAGGCUACGAAGCAAGAACUCGCCGCUUUUCAUAAUCAAGAAUAUCUCGACUUUCUCUCAAGUAUUAGUCCUGGUCAAGAAGUCGACGAGGGACAGCGCUCACAAUUUCUCGGCAGCGCAGACAUCAGCGCUGACUGUCCGAUUUUCGACGGCAUGUGGGACUAUUUCACUCUAUAUACCGGCGCGUCCCUUGACGCCGCACGUAAUCUGAUCUCGGAACAGUCGGAUAUCGCCAUCAACUGGUCUGGUGGUCUGCACCAUGCACACAAGAAUAUGGGCGCUGGAUUCUGCUACAUCAACGACAUCGUGCUUGCCAUCCAGCAACUGCUCACGGUACACUCUCGGGUUCUGUACAUUGAUAUCGACGUCCAUCACGGCGAUGGGGUGGAAGAAGCGUUCCAUUCAACUGAUCGUGUUCUUACGCUUUCGUUCCACAAAUAUGGUAAAGAUUUUUUUCCUGGCACAGGUGGCAUGGACGAAACUGGACCAAAAGAUCUCAAGAACCCAGGACAACUUGACAAAGAGAGCCCCGGGGCGCAUCACGGACUCAAUGUUCCUCUCCUGGACGGGAUCAGCGAUAGCCAAUGGCAGAAUCUGUUCGAAAAUAUCACGGGUCCGGUCAUUGAUGCCUACGAUCCUGGGGCAAUCGUUCUACAAUGUGGAGCAGAUUCUCUUGGCGGUGACCGGCUGGGCAACUUUAACCUCAACAUCAAAGCUCAUGGUUUCUGCGUCGACUUUGUUAAGCGAAGAUCGCACAAGCGCAAACUCAUGAUCAUUGGUGGCGGAGGCUACACACCACGAAAUGUCGCGAGGUGUUGGACCCAUGAAACGUCCAUAUGCGUCAAUGUCACCCUAAACAAUACGCUUCCAGCGCAUGUCCCGUACAGGCAAGCAUUCAUGGGAGAAGAGCAAGGCAACGGGCUGAUGUAUCCGUCACUUGACAAUAUCCCAGGCAAGAUUCAUCCAAACACCCACACGGACCAAUAUUUGAACAGUCUAGUUGAGAACAUUCAUCGCGAGUUGCAGUACAUCAAAGGGGCACCGAGCGUCCAAAUGGCACGUAUGCCGAAUGGAUAUCUAAAGAUCAGAGAAGAAAUUGACGCCGAAAUACGAGAACAAGAUGAAGAGAACGAAGCUGUGAGGAGGAGAAGGGAGAAGAACGUCGGUGGCCGAGGAGAGUACCGGGGAAUGUGAGAUCGUAUAAUUCUGCUGCCGCGAAGGUUCUGAUUGUCGAGCAACAAUUUUACUCUGAACAGAAGGCACGCUCAAGUCUCCUGACAGAGCGCAAAUCUUACUAUAAGCGCCUGUUCAUUGUCACAUUCUGGCUGCAGAAUGUAGCGAAUUUACGGUUAGAGCCGUGGGAUUACGACAAUCGGAUUUGCGAAUUGUUCGGCGAACCAUAUUACCUGACUUUCCCUCUCAGUCAGCGGCGUUGUCUAUUCAUAGUGAUGACGCUCUAACUGGAUUUGAUCGAGAAGCCUUCCUUUGCAAAUGGCAAAGUAUGCGGAGCGAUCUUUUAAUCACUCACAUGUUGUGAGCGUCAUGGCUGCACCAUUACUUGAUGAAAACUGCGCGCUCCAAAGAGGUUCUGACGUCGUGCUACGGGGUCAACCUGCGGCGACACUAGUUCACGAGAUGUAUCGACUCCCGCGUCGGAGCGGUCCCCUCCAUCUCGUGAAAUCUGAAACAGUGGAAAUGGCUGGGCGAUUUUCAGCGAAUAUAGAUCCAUGAUCAAUAAUUUGGCAAGCACAGGGAGGCUCCAGAGGUUUUUGGAGGUUCAAGCUUAGGAGAAGUGAUUGCUAAGGCUAUCUUGUUGCAAGUUGAGUGUUCACAUUUGUGACGGGUAUAAUAAUUGUUAUUUUACACGUGACCGGAUAGGGACCGGGACUUCGGCCGUCAGUAAGAUUCGCCUUGGUACGACACGUCUGACCAUAUCUUUGCUAUAUUUCCGUUCUAUUUGAAGCUUGACCUGUUACCAAAUUUGGGACGCAC